AUGGCAGCCUCCCAGCCCGCCCGUGCCAUCCCCGCAGCGCCCCUCCGCGCGCCGUGCCGCUCCCCCGUCAGGCCGAUCCCGGAUCAUCGGCCCCUUGUCACGAGCCAGGCGCUGGCUGGCAAGCGGGCGGGGCCCGACGGUAAGCUGUCGGAGGAGGAGGAGAGGGCGAGGCUGGAGGGAACGGACGCGUUCAAGGAGCUAGUGUCGCUCAGCCGGCGGCAGUCGGUGAACAGGCCGCAGAAGGCGGAGGACCUCUCGUUCCGGCAGCGGCCUGUUUUCGAGGACUGCUUCCCGGGGAGCGAAAAGUGCUGGAAGGAGGUACAGCACAACGGCGAAGUCUUGCGGGUACCUUUCCGACGUGUUCAUCUCACCGAUAACAAUGGUCAUUUUGACCUCUAUGACACCAGUGGUCCACAGGGCGUUGAUCCCAGAGUUGGAUUGCCCAAGCUUCGGACCAGCUGGGUGGCAAAGCGAGAGCAGGACAGUGUGUGCACACAGAUGUUCUAUGCCAGACAGGGGACAAUUACAGAGGAGAUGGCCUAUGUGGCUGCCAGAGAGGGUAUGGACGUGGAGUUUGUGAGAUCAGAGGUUGCCCGUGGGAGAGCCAUCAUACCUGCCAACAGGAAGCACUUGGAACUGGAGCCAACCAUCAUAGGGAGAAAGUUCCUGACGAAGAUCAAUGCCAACAUCGGCAACUCUGCGGUAUCAAGCUCCAUCGAGGAGGAAGUGGAGAAGCUGCAGUGGUCGGCGAUUUGGGGUGCCGACACACUCAUGGACCUCUCAACUGGUGUCAACAUCCACGAGACUCGUGAGUGGAUUAUGAGGAACUCACCUAUUCCGAUUGGGACUGUCCCCAUCUAUCAGACACUGGAGAAGGCAAACGGAGUUGUGGAGGACAUCACCUGGGAGCUCUUCCGUGAGACACUUAUUGAGCAAGCAGAGCAGGGUGUGGACUACUGGACCAUCCAUGCUGGUGUGCGCCUGCAAUUCAUACACCUUACUGCCAAUCGCAUCACUGGGAUUGUUAGCCGUGGUGGGUCGAUCCAUGCCAAGCUUGCCUCCUUGAGCACACAGAGAACUUUGCGUACGAGCACUGGGAUGACAUCCUGGACAUCUGCCGUCAAUAUGAUAUAUCAUUGUCCAUCGGGGACGGGCUCAGGCCAGGCUGCAUCGCUGACGCGAAUGACGAAGCCCAGUUUGCUGAACUCAAGACACAAGGGGAGCUGA